GCCCGGCCCGACCAGAAACCACAAAACAGCUUUCUCCCUCCGAGACUCCUCUCUCAGUCACUCCCUCUCUCUCUCUCUCUCUCUCUCUCUCUGCGUGUGUGUGUGUGACUCGCCUCUCCCACCCUCAGCCCUCACAAACACGCCAUCUCGACCGGUUGGAGUUUUGUUGGUAGACAAUACAACUGAAGAGCAUGAGUUCGGCGACUAUGACCAGUGAUUUAUCAUCAGAGAUGGAGGUGGAUGCUUUUAGGCGCCUCUUUCCUCUACGGUUUCAUGAGCGCCAUCUUCAAGAAUCCAUACGCCCUGAUGCUCGGCCACUUGGAAAAGCUAGAGAUACAUCAGUUGCUCUUGGAGCUGUUGCAUCUGCUGAUGGGUCGGCCCUUGCCAAGAUAGGUUGCACUACCAUGUUGGCUGCCAUUAAGAUGGAAGUCAUGACCCCUACUACAGAGUCAGCAGACGAGGGCUGUAUAGCUAUUGAUUUCCACAUGCCUCCAAUUUGUUCCCCAAUUGUUAGGCCUGGCAGGCCGGCCGAGGCAGCACCGGUUAUUUCGAAGCAGUUAUCUGACACUAUCUUAAGUUCUGGCAUGAUUAACUUGAAGGAGCUAUCAUUGGUCAGUGGUAAAGCUGCUUGGAUGGCCUACCUGGAUAUAUACUGUUUGGAUGCUGAUGGAGCUCUUUUUGAUGCUGCAUUGCUUUCAGCAGUUGCUGCCUUUUCUCACUUGCAAAUCCCAGUGGUUUCUCUGAAUGAUGAUGGAAGAGUAGUAGUAGUUUCUAAUGAAGAAGGGGAGAAGUUGGAAAAGGAGCCAGUGAAUAAAGAGAAGAGGAAGCUCAAGCUGAGCAGCAUUCCUUUCUCUUUGACAUGUGUACUCCACAAGAAUUACAUUCUGGCUGACCCCACAGCAGAAGAAGAGUCCGUCAUGGAAACUCUUCUAACCGUGGUAUUGGAUUCAUCUUUUCAACUUGUGUCUCUUUACAAGCCUGGAGGACCAGUUCUCGCACACACAUCAGUGAUCCAGGACUGUGUUGCUUUAACAAGACAAAGAUUGAAAGAACUUCAGAAAAUUUUGAAUGAAGCCGUUUCCGAUAUGGAGGUGGACUAGAGGUUUACAAAUAUUUUGCCCCGCAGAUGGCAGCAACAAAUCGGAAGCUACUUUAUAUUCAUAUGAUUCUUAUCCGAUGUUGUAUGCUUCUGAGGUGAUGUUAGUGAAUUUAGGAAACGAUUCUGAGGCAGCAUAACAGCAUAAGUCAUUCAAUUUCUGUUGCGUAUGUGGGAAGACUAAUUCUCAUAGCAGUUUUACCACUGAGAGCUCGGAAAUUGUAACGACACAAAUUUUGGCCUCGUUUAAAUUGUUAAUUUACCAAUUUGGGUUGAAAUUUGGAACUAACGUGUAGAUUUAACUUUUCGGUUUAAAGUAGCUACCGACAGAUUCGGAACUGAA